AAACCUGUGUCUCUACCUAUACAAGAAGCAGACUAGAUUUCAAAACUAGUUGAAGAAAAGUUGAAUUAGGACAGCAUACAUAGCUUAAAAUAAGGUUUGUUUUGUCCCCUUUUCUCCUCUUCCCUUUUAUAGUAGUUGCAGGCAAGAAAGGAAUCCAUUUCCUUUGAGGAAAGCCAACAGCAGCUUCUCCAAACUCUUCAUAUUGAAGCAUUUCCAGCUUCUGCUUCUCAGCUAUAUAUAAUCUGAAUUUCCUCUCUCAUUACCUCCCAAACAGCUCCACACUUGUCUUUUUGCCAACUUUUAGUACCUUGAGCUCUUACUACCUUAAAAUAAGCUGCUUUUGAGAGAAACAACAGUAUGGGUGUUAUGGGAAGUUUUGACUACUUAUCUGAGUUGAUGAUGAGCAGUAGCUAUAAGCAGAAGCAGAAGAAGAAGAAGAAGCUGAAACAGUUGCAAACAGUUAAUCUCAAAGUCAGAAUGGAUUGUGAUGGCUGUGAGCUUAAAGUCAAGAAAGCCUUGUCUUCUUUGAGUGGGGUGAAAUCUGUGGAAAUAAACAGGAAACUGCAGAAGGUGACUGUAACAGGAUAUGUAGAGCAAAACAAAGUUCUGAAGAAGGCCAAGUCAACGGGGAAGAAGGCGGAGCUAUGGCCGUAUGUGCCGUACAACCUGGUGGCUCAGCCCUAUGCUCCGGCAGCUUAUGACAAGAAGGCGCCACCUGGAUUUGUAAGAAAAGUUGAUAACCCACAAAAAGAUAUGGGUACCAUUACAAGAUUUGAGGACCCUUACUUCACUAUGUUCAGUGAUGACAAUCCAAAUGCCUGCUCUAUCAUGUAAUAAAUCUGGUCAUUUUGGCAGUAUUAGUACUGUGCUUUUGUCUAAUUU